AUGCGAACAGCAGCAGUCCGGGCUCUGCGCGAUGCCCGCGUUGCAUCAAAGCUGCCGUCCCCGCCGGCACGACCAUACGCAACCAUCAAUGCUGCUCAGAAAGAUCCCGUUGAGCUCGACCACAUCACUACUCUUCCCAAUGGCGUCCGCGUCGCGACCGAGUCAUUACCAGGCCCCUUCUCUGGCGUCGGUGUCUACAUCGAAGCUGGAUCAAGAUUUGAAGAUGAAAGCUUACGCGGAGUCAGCCAUAUCGUAGAUCGGCUGGCGUUCAAAUCCACGAAGUCAAGAACGGGCGAUCAGAUGUUGGAAGCCCUAGAGACGUUAGGAGGCAACAUUCAGUGCGCCUCGUCGAGAGAAGCACUGAUGUAUCAGUCGGCCACUUUUAACUCUGCUGUUCCAACCACGACCGCUCUGCUAGCCGAGACGAUCCGAGAUCCAUUGAUUACGGAGGAAGAGGUCCAGCAGCAGCUCGACACAGCCGCAUACGAGAUCAAUGAAAUUUGGGCCAAGCCAGAUCUGAUCAUUCCCGAGCUACUACACAUGACCGCGUAUAGAGAAAAUACGUUGGGCAACCCUUUGCUAUGUCCGAAGGAGCGGCUACCCAGCAUUACUCGAGAUGUGAUUCAGAAAUACCGGAACCAAUUCUACAAACCUGAACGCAUGGUCGUCGCCUACGCUGGGACCAAGCACGAAGAUGCAGUGAAACUAGUGGAGCAGUAUUUUGGUGACAUGAAGAAGAGCCCGGAAGCCGAGAGCCAAUCUGCCUCAGAUUCAGCAUUCACACAACCCAACCAACCCAAUCUACCACAAUCGACCAGCAAGUCCUUCCUCUCCAAGAUCGGCCUCAGCAACUUCUCAACCUCCGCUCCUCACCAAGCAACGGUUUCUCCUCUCGACCCUUCCAUGCUCCAGCCUGCUCCUGUAAACGACCUCAGCCAGCCCUCACACUACACCGGCGGCUAUCUGGCUUUACCAAAACUCCCCGUUCCCCAAAACAAUCUAUCAAUGCCCCUCUCAUACAUUCACAUUGCCUUUGAGGCCCUACCAAUAUCCUCCGAUGACAUCUAUGCGCUCGCAACCCUGCAGACUCUGCUUGGCGGCGGUGGGUCAUUCUCAGCUGGGGGUCCCGGAAAGGGCAUGUACUCGCGACUUUAUACCAACGUCCUCAACCAGCAUGGUUGGGUCGAGAGUUGCGUUGCUUUCAACCACUCAUAUACCGACUCUGGCCUCUUCGGCAUUGCAGCAGCUUGCGAACCCGGGCGCGUUGGACACAUGGUCGAUGUCAUGUGCAGAGAGUUGCAAGCCUUGACCCUCGACACUGGCUUCUACGCCAUGCAGCAGAAUGAAGUCAACCGCGCCAAGAACCAACUGCGCUUUUCACUCUUGAUGAACCUCGAGUCUCGCCUAGUGGAGUUGGAGGAUCUAGGCAGACAAGUCCAAGUACACGGUCGCAAAGUUGGCGUACAAGAGAUGUGUGCCAAGAUCGAUGCACUGACCGUCAACGACCUCAGACGGGUUGCUCGGCAGGUGUUCGGUGGCCACGUGUACAAUAAGGGCAACGGGACGGGUGCUCCGACAGUUGUGAUUCAGGAAGGAGAGGACCCUGAAGGCAAGUACAAAAAGCAGAUCCAUUGGGAGGAUGUACAGAACCGCAUCUCUAAGUGGAAGCUUGGGAGAAUGUAG